AUGCUGUCGCACGCCGACCUCCUGGAUGCUCGCCUCGGUGAGUUAUCGUCACCAAACUCCGGUCUUCAACUCUACUGGAUGAAAGAUGCCGCGGCGGAGCUCCUGGGUCACAGGGAGGCUCUGAAGUGCAGACUCGGGGGAGGAGGGGGCGACCCGGGCCACUCCGCCGGAGAGCUCGCCCCGGGCCCGGACGGGGUGGAGGGAGCGACCAUGCUGCCGGGCGACGAAAUCAGCAACGGCGGGUCCAACCCGUCCGGCGGGCAGGUCGGCACCAAAGAGCAGGACAAGCAGCAGCAGAACAACCCGGGCCAGACCGGAGGGCCGCAGAGCCAGAAGCAGAAGCGGCACCGGACCCGCUUUACGCCGGCCCAGCUGAACGAGCUGGAGCGGAGCUUCGCUAAAACGCACUACCCGGACAUCUUCAUGAGAGAGGAGCUCGCUCUGCGGAUUGGCUUGACGGAAUCGCGCGUGCAGGUUUGGUUUCAGAACCGGCGCGCCAAGUGGAAGAAGCGCAAGAAGACCACCAACGUCUUCCGGGCUCCGGGGACCCUCCUCCCGACUCACCACGGCCUCCCGCAGUUCCCGUCCGCCGCGGCCGCGGCCGCCGCCAUGGGCGACAGCCUCUGCUCCUUCCACGCCAACGACACGCGCUGGGCCACCGCGGGGAUGCCGGGGGUGUCCCAGCUCCAGCUGCCGCCCGCGCUGGGCCGGCAGCAGGCCAUGGCGCAGUCGCUGUCCCAGUGCAGCCUCGGAGCUGGGCCGCCUCCGAACUCCAUGGGUCUAUCCAACAUGUCGUCGAACGGGUCCGGGCUGCAGUCGCACCUGUACCAGCCCACCUUCCCCGGGAUGGUGCCCGCCUCCCUGUCCGGUCCGACCAACGUCAGCGGCUCCCCGCAGCUCUGCAGCUCCCCGGACAGCGACAUGUGGAGGGGGACCAGCAUCGCCUCGCUGCGCCGCAAAGCGCUGGAGCACACAGUGUCCAUGAGCUUUACUUAGGGGCGCCGCGCCGAGGCCACCUUCUGAUUUUCGAUUCCCGCCAUCUUCCA